AUCACACAAAAUGUUUAGAAAGAUUUCAAAUAAAAUUGUUUUAAUUACUGGUGCAUCAUCAGGUAUUGGUGAAUCAUGUGCAAAGAUGUUCUACGAAAAUGGAAAUCAUAUUAUUUUAUGUGGUAGAAGAGUUGAUAGAUUAAAUAAACUUAAAGAUCAAUUAGUUUUAAAUAAUGCUGGUGGUAAAGUUUUUGCAUGUCAAGUUGAUGUUUCAUCUAUGGAUUCAAUUGAUAAAAUGUUUAAUGAAUUACCAGAAGAAAUGAAAGCUAUCGAUAUUUUAGUUAAUAAUGCAGGUUUAUCAUUAGGAAUGGAUGCAGUUGUUGAUAUUGAUGCUAGAAAUGAUUUAGAUUCUGUUAUUGAUACCAAUGUCAAGGGUGUAUUCCGUUUAACAAGAAAGAUUUUACCAGGUAUGAUUCAAAGAAAUUCAGGUCAUAUUUUUAAUAUUAGUAGUAUUGCUGGUUCAAUGUUUUAUCAAAAUGGUAGUAUUUAUUGUGCUUCAAAAGCCGCUGUUAAUGCUUUUUCAGAUAUCGUUAGAAAGGAAGUUGUAAGCACCAAAAUUCGUGUAACCAAUGUUUGUCCUGGUCUUGUUGAAACUGAGUUUAGUCUUGUUCGUUUUGGUGGUGAUUCAGAUAAAGCUAAAAAACCAUACAUUGGUAUUGACCCAUUAACUGCUGAUGAUAUUGCUGAUAAUAUUUAUUAUUGUGCUUCACGUCCAGAACAUGUCCAAGUUACAACUAUUGAAGUUAUGGCAAAUAAUCAAGCAUCAACAAGAGAUAUUUAUAGAGAUCAAGUUUAAAAAUUUAAUUUAAAUAAUUUUUUUUUUUUAAAAAAUAAAAUAUACAAAAAAAAUUGCAUUAAAAAAAAAAAAUAGUUUAUAAAAUUGAUU